GUCAUAGCAGCUGAUCACAGGAUCACUCUAUUGUUCACAGAGUCGCCUUUGUACUAAGAUUUGAAAUAUGAAUGGGACAUGGGUAUGACAUCAGUUUUUACCAACAACGCUCCCUUCAAUCAAACUCAUAUUUUGUGCUCCAAUCGGUGACAUUCAACGAAGGUGCAAUGGCUGAUCUUCUAGGGAGUCAGACUGAACCCCUUAUGCCAGUAUCCACUGACACAUCUGUAGUUGGGAGUAUCAAUAUCGUGGAUGGUCCCAACGCGGCUAUGACUGUCAAGCAGGGAAUCAGGGAUUUUUUUCGAAAGUCGUGCACUGUGAAAAACUGGAAGAAGAAAUUACCGAUCACGAUAUGGCUUCCAAAAUACAAACCAAGCUAUUUACUCAAUGACUUUAUUGCCGGACUAACUGUUGGCUUAACAGUUAUUCCACAGGGUUUGGCCUAUGCGACAGUAGCUAAGCUGCCUUUGCAAUAUGGAUUGUACUCUGCCUUCAUGGGAUGUUUUGUCUACUGUUUACUGGGGACUUCAAAGGACAUCACUCUGGGUCCUACCGCUAUAAUGUCACUAAUGGUUGGUCAAUUUGGAGGCGAAGAGGACCCAACUACUGGUUUCAUUAAUCCAAUCUAUGCAGUCAUUUUGACUUUUAUAUGCGGAUGUAUACAGCUAGCAAUGGGAAUUCUCCAACUUGGAUUUCUUGUCAAUUUUAUAUCGUACCCAGUCAUCAAUGGAUUCACUACAUCUGCUGCUGUUACCAUAGGAACAGGUCAAAUUAAGCAUGUACUUGGUAUCAAGUAUCAUGCAAAUGAUUUUCUUGGUGACGUAGAAGGAAUAAUUAAAAACAUCAAAGAUACAAAUCUAUGGGAUUUACUGAUGGCUGCUGUCUGUUUUGUAAUACUCAUUGUUUUAAAGAUUUUAAAAACCAAAGUGUCAAAAUGGGAACAUGAUUCAUGUGAAGAUGAAGACUUGUCAUUGGCCAAAAAAAUAUUGUGGAAAGUCCUAUGGUUGAUAGGAACAGCACGGAAUGCAGUGGUCGUGAUAACUGCCGCUCUGUUUGCAUGGUCUCUACAUGCUUCAGGCCAUCAUCCAUUCACAUUGGUAGGUGAGAUACCAGCAGGCUUGCCGCAUUUCGAGCCUCCAGAUUUCAACGAUCCAAGUCAAAAUAUUACCUCAAACGAAAUUGUCAAAGAGUUGAAUGUUGGUAUUGUAAUAGUACCAUUAAUUGGAUUCCUAGAAAGCAUAGCCAUAGGAAAGGCAUUUGCACGAGAGAACAAAUAUAAAAUAGAUUCAAAUCAAGAACUGAUUGCACUUGGUGGUGCUAAUGUGUUCAGUUCAUUUAUUUCCUCAUAUCCUGUUACAGGCAGUUUUUCAAGGACUGCUGUGAACUCACAGAGUGGUGUAAAGACUCCACUGGGUGGUGUAUUUACGGGUAGUUUAGUAUUACUAGCAUUAGGUCUACUUACACCACAGUUUCAGUACAUUCCACAGGCUGCCUUGGCCUCUGUCAUCAUAACAGCAGUAGCACAGAUGGUUGAUUGCAAAAUUGUUUUAAAAUUAUGGAAAGUUAAAAAACUAGACUUGUUGCCGCUCUUUGCCACAUUUAUAAUUUCGCUGCUACUCGGUAUCGAGAUAGGAAUCAUUGUCGGUAUUGCAUUAGAUUUGUUGAUAGUACUUUACAAGACAGCCAGACCCAAAAUACAGGUUGUUUCCCGGGAAAUACUGGUUAUAAAAGUUGGACAUGGAAUUCACUUUCCAGCUGUGGAACAUAUUACAACAUCGGUGCUUGAAUAUGGUCUUGGAGACGAGGACGAUAUAGAACGUGCUUUACCAAAAGCUGUUAUUUUAGAUUGUUCACAUGUAGAUACGGUAGAUUAUACAACAAUACAGGGUAUGACUGAAUUAUUAUACGAAUACAGAGAUGCAGGAGUUAAACUAGUCUUUGCAGCUUUGGAGCAAUCAAUACGCGAAGUGUUUUUGUUGGCUGAUAUCUCAGGAUUUACAACAUAUGGUAAUGUAAAUGAUGCAGUAAGUGCAUUAGUAGAUGAGUUUGGUGAACAGCUCCAACACGACCCAAACCGACGACUGUUAGACGUCAAUUCUGAUUCAUCUACCAAACAGAAGUCGUAUUCUGGGACGGAUAAUAAGUGAUUUCUAGACUACAGCUUGCUCCUGCUAUUGCUUAAUAAUCACCUCUCACUUGAGCACAUUGUUGUGUGCACAGUCGCUAAUAUCUAAUUCAGGUGCACUUGUAAUGAGGUGCUUCAUCCUGUGGUGGCACUCAGGUUUGUCAAUUGACUUUCCGUCCAGUUGAAUCAUAUCAAGUACACCUUCUCAACUGCAAUUGUAAUUUAUCAGCAUGUAGUCUGUUAUUUGUUUCUGGUUCUUUAGCAACAGGACGUCAUUUACUUCCCAAGUUAAAACGCACAGAACUUGUUAAGGUUUGGUAAUAAAGUCGUGAGAAGAGAGAAAAGUUGGCAUAGCUCAUAAUAUACAAGUCUAAACAAUAUUAUAAUUCAGUCUUUGCGGAAAAGAAACUUAGCACAGUACUUCUGCAUCAGAUAUGGCACGUACGUGUUUUAUAAGGCAGCUUUUUUGUAUCUGUAAUGAACACACAUUUACGUAAUUGGUUUAAUGAAUUAUUGAUUGUGUAAUUCCCGUUUGACCUUCAUGACAUUACCUACGCGAAAUUUUAAUGAAAUAACCUUGUUCAAGAUCUUCCUAAUUUCUUAACCUUAUGAUGUCAGUAUUUGAUUACAAUAUAUAAGCGAUAUUCAUAUAAUUGAAAGAACAUUGGCCUGGUAUUAAGUAUAAUGUAUGAAACUGGAAAUUAUUCAUCAUGAUAAUACGAAUACUGACACAAAACAUGCAUUAUCUGAUAGGACAUGUGUACAUCUUAUAAGUUCAAUUUCAAACAUGAUUUUCAGGACCACGAAUAUAUUAGAACUAAAAUACUUACAAAAAUAUAAAUGGGCGACAAUAAAAUGAAAUUCAUUAUUUUGACAUGACAUACAAUCAAUCUUGUUUAUAGAUUGGAAGAAGGCGUAAAAUUAAAUUGAGAAUUUAACAAAUUAUUCACCAAGCUGAUGGUGGCUUGAAAUACUCUGAUAGGAUUCUAUAUAAGAAUAUAUUGUGUGUUUUACCAUAAAUCAACGAAAUCUACUUAAUCUACUCGUGGAAGGUUAGUCUGUCAUGAGCUAAUUAGACAUUCAGCUAAAAAAAAUCUUACAGAAUUUAUAUCACUUUUUAUUAUCGCCAAAUUUUACGUGGCAUUCCAACGAGUGAUCAAAUGUGAUCAUCUAAUAGAAUGUGCAAUUGAAUGAAAUACGAAUAUAUGUACAUUUGUAAUAUCUAUGUAAUGCACAUUUUUAACAAUAUAAGAAGAUUUUCCUUUAUUGAGCGUGCUGAGCAUUGUGUACAUGCAGAAGAGGUAAAUAACGCAUGAGCACACAUUUAGGAAUACGAACAGGUUCAACUGCAUGACCAAACCCUUGAAAGUGAAAUUCAACGCCGGUAUAGUGCUUGUAUAAUGUAUAUAUUACCUCAGACAACCAAGAUUUUACGUUACGUGUGUUUACAGA